AUGGCUACACAGCAGGUAGCGAUUGCUACGCAGCUGGCAGAGCUGACUACUAAAAUUAGUGAGUUGAAUGUUAGACGUCCUGAGCAAGUUGUGAAAGACCCGUCAGCCUCCAUUUCCUCUCUGAAUUUCGCGAACCCUAGGCAACACAAUCCGCCUCGCUUGCCACGCUCUAUCCCCAAUCUCGCCACCCCUAUCGUCUUCGCUAACCCUAGGCACUGUGUCCCUCAGGUUGUGGCCCCUGUCCUCGCUAACCCUAGGUUUCGCGCCCCCAUCUCGCCUGUCGUCUGCCUGGUUCCCGCCACGCCGCUUCGUCUUCUCUCCGUCGCGCCGCUUCGUCUUCUCUCCGCCGAGCAUUUUUGGUUUUUUUCCAGGAUCAGCAUUGGGAAUUUUUUCUUUGCUGGAGCUCGGAUAUUCUUUCAGUCUCUAGAUGCUGCAAUUUUCUUGUUUACACGUGUCUCACAAAUUCCUACAGAAAGCCCGGUGCUACCAGUUAUAUCCACAAAUGAUAGGCUUACCUUGGUGCUUCUCUUUUUUAUGGUCUUUCCAUCUACAAAUCAAACUGUCUUAGAUCAUUUAAACAAUGUUGACUCCAUUAUCUAUGCCAUGGGUUCACUGUUUACUUUGAUAUGCCCCUCUCUGGUUUUACGUGGAAUUGGGGAAAGUAUUUCUUCACGAUCAUGUCCCAAGGUUUGUGGUGGAUUAAAUGAGCCGUACGUUGAGCUGAAGAGGCUUGUGAAUUCACAAGAAAUGUUGUACCAUAUGGCUAGCUAGUUGCAUAUUUAAUAUGUUUAGUAUUUUUGUAAGGCAUAAUAGUAUAGAUAAAACAGUUGUUGAAUUUUGGCUAUAUUCAAAUCUUGUAUGAAUUCUUUUUUAUGAUAAUAAUAUAAAAUUAAAUA